UUUUGUGCCGCUGCGCUUGCCGUAGUUGUUUGGAACAUGUGGGUGAUGAUCAAGUGUGCAGUUCUGUGAGUGAGAUCAGAAAAAGAUCAGAAACACAGAAAUAAACUACAAGCCGGCUAUUACAUACGUAACGGUUGGGUUGUAGUCGGGCGAUCAUGUCUGAUCAGGCUCCGUCUGUGGCGAGGGCCGCGGUGCUGAAGGAGAGCAUCGCUCUGCCGGAGGACAUGCCUCACAUUAAAGGUUAUGACUUCAACCAGGGCGUGGACCACAGAGCCCUGCUGCAGUCCUUCCUCACCACGGGCUUCCAGGCCAGCAGCUUCGGCCAGGCCGUGCAGGAGAUCAACAAGAUGAUAGAGAGGAGACUGGAGCCGAUGCAGGAGAAGCAUGAGAGCUGUGAUUCCCAUUCGUCUGCUUCAGGAUGCACCAUUUUCUUGGGCUACACAUCCAACCUGAUCAGCUCCGGUGUGCGAGAGAGUAUUCGCUACCUGGCACAGCACAGAAUGGUAGAUGUGAUAGUGACCACAGCAGGAGGGAUCGAGGAAGACCUUAUCAAAUGUUUAGCACCCACUUACCUCGGCGAGUUCAGUCUAAAAGGCAAAGAGCUACGACAGCAAGGCAUUAAUAGAAUCGGUAAUCUCCUGGUACCAAAUGAGAAUUACUGUAAGUUUGAAGACUGGCUGAUGCCUAUCCUUGACCAGAUGGUGCUAGAACAAAAAACUGAGGGCACACACUGGACACCAUCCAAAAUGAUCCACAGACUAGGCAAAGAAAUCAAUAACCCAGACUCUGUGUACUACUGGGCUUAUAAGAAUGACAUCCCAGUGUUUAGUCCCGCCCUCACUGACGGCUCAUUGGGUGACAUGAUCUAUUUCCACUCAUAUAAGACCCCUGGCCUGGUGCUUGACAUUGUGGAGGAUAUCCGGAGGUUGAACAGCAAGGCUGUGUUUGCCAAGAGCACCGGGAUGAUCAUUCUCGGAGGAGGACUCGUCAAACAUCACAUCGCCAACGCUAAUUUAAUGAGGAAUGGAGCAGAUUUUGCGGUGUUUGUCAACACUGGUCAGGAGUUUGACGGCUCAGAUUCAGGCGCCCGGCCAGAUGAAGCCAUUUCUUGGGGAAAGAUCCGCAUGGACGCCUCCCCUGUAAAGGUCUACGCUGAUGCUUCUAUAGUCUUUCCACUUUUAGUGGCUGAAACUUUUGCACACAACGCCAGCAGGUUGAUCAAGGAGGAGAAGAGCGGUUGAAGGUGUUUUUCUCUUUAAAAACCUAUUUAAACCUCCUCACGGUCUUCCUGUUUGCUUGUUUUUCAGUGCAGGUGGUUUCGAAGCUCUAUUUAACCGCAUAAAUCAUGUUUAAUUAUCCAUUUAAACAAACGAACAUCUUAAGUUUAUUAUGGGCUUUGUGUACUAAUGUCUGGUAAAAUAUGUUUAAAAACAACUUUACAAGGUUAUCUUUAAAGUUGGAAUCUGUUAUUAUUAACAUAAUUAUUAUUAUUAUUUUUUUAACCCGACAUUGUUUUUUUUUUACUAGCUUUUAUGUUUAAUUUUGUACCUCUUAGAGAUGGUAAAAUGUGUAUUUUAUUGUAUUGCAUCCCUCACUGUUAUGCACAACAUCUUGUGUGCUGUUUGUGGAUUUUAUUUUGUCUUUUUUUAUGCUCUCUCUAAUAAUUUAAUUGUAUGUGUGUGUAUAUAUAUAUAUAUAUA